AUGGCUGCGGAGCAGGUGAAAAGCAAGAGGUCUUAUCGCAAGAGGAGAGGUGACCCCGGUGACCCCAGAUCUCACAAAAGAUCCGACCGUGGCGAUGGCGGUCCCACAUCGAAAUCGAUCCCGGCUGCUGAGCGCCCUGCCGACAUAGACGCUCUCCGAAAAGCACGUCUUGCAUACUUGGACAAGUCCCCCGAGGAAAAGCGGAAGGAGAUGAAAUACGAAUAUUUGAAACGCACAAGAACAGUGUCGCUGGUGGAUGCAGACAAGGAGCGGCGCCAUGGGACAACGCAGGACCGCGACCGGGCGUCAAAGGGGCUGAAGUCUUCCUCCCGAACCUCGAUCCGGCGUCCACAGCAUAAGCGUCGUCCAGUAUUGCAGCGAGACGACAGCGAGGGCGAAUAUGUUUAUCAAAACCCAGAGAGGGCACCUGUUGACAAGAGAGCGGAGCCGCAGACGCAGACUUCGAAGCACAAAAGCAGGGUUUCGGAGUCAACGUCGAGGAAAGCAGAUGUACGACCACAGGUUCCUGAGCGUAGACAUACCGAACCGACUCGGAGGCAAAGGGCAGAUGAUGAGGAAGGAGAACCAAAGCCCGAAGACAAGCCUGAACCGCAACCUCGUCGUGAACCCCUACCUGUUCACAAGGUGGAACGGCCCAGUAUGAAGAGGAGCGCAACGACUACCCGGUCGAAGACUGAACCUGGCAGUACAAAGCCGGCGCAACAAACUGGCGCUUCUCGAAAAACACCGGGCCUGCUCAGCGGGCUCCUACUACCCAAGCCUACGCUACAGAAGAAAGUGUCAUGUUUGACAUGCGGCGCCGACGACAUCCCCAUUUCCGAGUCGGCCAGACUACCAUGCACCCACCGAAUGUGCAAUUCCUGCCUCAAGCGCAUCUUCUCCAUGUCCGUCAAGGAUCCUGCGCACAUGCCCCCGCGAUGCUGCACCGAUCAGCAUAUCGACCUGCGACACGUCGACAAGCUAUUCGACCAGAAGUUCAAGGUGCUGUGGAACCGCAAAUUCGAAGAGUACAAAACCAAAAACCGCAUAUACUGUCCGGCUCGGAAAUGCGGCGCCUGGAUCAAACCGCACUACAUCACCAUCGAACACGGCCGCAAAGUAGGCCGAUGCAAGCAAUGCAAGACCCGGGUCUGCGCGACCUGCUCUCAGAAGAUGCACACGAGUCGGGACUGCCCCAAGGACCCGGCGACCAAGGCAUUCGUCGAAGUGGCCAAACGGGAAGGCUGGCGCCGGUGCUACAACUGUUCCGCCAUGGUCGAGCUGAAAGAAGGAUGCAACCACAUGACAUGUCGCUGCACGGCCGAGUUCUGCAUGGUAUGCGGUCUGAAGUGGAAGUCGUGUGAUUGCCCCUGGUUCAACUACCAGGCUGUCGACGCGCAUUUGGGCGACCCGUUCCGAUACCAAGAGGAGCUGGACCGGCGACGAGACCAAGUCAAUCGCGACGAGGCGCUUGCACGACGCCUGCAGCAGAUGGGCCUCAUGAACGCCGGCGGCAAUCUAGAAGCGGGUGCUUUGGGGCUCGGCAAUGCCGCCAACCACCAUAUGAACCAGAACUUCAUCCAGCAGGCGCGAGAGGCGUUGACUGCCAAUUACGCCCAAGCUGGACAGGCUGCGCGGGACUUGUUGAAUGGAUUGGUCAUGGGCCGCGAGAAUCGCUUGCCGGGUAUUCCUUUGCAGAUGGACCAGAUGCUCGAAACGCUCGGCGGCGGCGGCGGCGCUCGACCGCAGGGGAUGGGGGCGGAUCCUGCAGAAGAAGGGCUCGGGUCAGAUAAUGCCCGUCGAGCCGCUCGAAGGAUCAAUGUCAGGCGCCGGAAUGUCGUUCCGGAGGGUGCUGGCGGACAUCGAAUCGACAGGGUCCCGAAUGACAACGAAAGAAGAAUUCGAGAUUGGGCCAAUAGUGGACCAGCAUGA